AUGAGGAUAUUCGCCGAAUCACCCGCCUGCACAGUUACGAGCCGGUUGAUUCUAAUGGGGAAUGCGAACUCGAAUGCAGCUUUCCGUCCGGAUUACUCAAUUCUCGAAAACCCCUCCCGUCACCAUGUUUUCGCUGACGCCAUGAACUCCGGCAAGAAGUUUCUCAUCUCUAAGGAGGAGCUCGGGAACGAUAGCGGGAAAGGAGAAUGCCUAUACGACGUUUGCCCACGCUGGAAGAGUAUGGGAUGGACGGAUGCAGGCAGCUUGGUUGGUUGCUUCACCAACAUAUUCCGGAUGCUCGGGCAAGCGCCAUCGCACGACAUUUCGUGCCUUUUGUACGAGCGGCUUGUGCUUCCGUUUUCCAAAAACAUGUUGCAAUUUUUGCAACCAUUUGGAUCUUCGUUCCUCUUCGCGACAGAGCGAGAGAGAUCCAUCUAUUGUGAAGAGAAGCCCCCUGGUCUGUUCGAGACCGUGGAGUCCAACUCGUCUGUUAUAGAAGACGCACCAUACCAUGGCCUUCUAUCCAACACGGAGAAGGACAACCUGGAACAGCACCUAGAGCGAUUGUACCUAAGUUGCUGGCAGAGCGAUGUGCUACGGCUGCGGGCAGUUCUCGCAGAGAAAACAUGGAUUAGCUUCGAUCUCGACGAUACACUGCACGAGUUUCGUCGCGCCUCCGGGGCAGCUACCACCAAGGUCCUCGAGGGCAUCUCCAAGCGAUACGGCACCGCUAUGUCUGCGCUGAAGAAUGAAUACACCAGGAUCCUCAAGGAGAAAGCCAGCAAUUCCUUCUCCGACGGCAAAACAUCGUUUCAGUAUCGCAAGAAGAGAUCCACAUCAGUCCUAGCCCAUUUUUCCAUCCCGCUAGAUGCGGUCUUUAUAGAAGAGCUUCUGGAGUCUUACGAGGAUACACUCGUAAAGUCGCUUGAGUUGAAGUGUGGGGCGCUGAGCUUGCUUUCGGCAAUCAAGGAUAUGGGCAAGAAGGUUGCCAUCAUGACAGAAGGCCCGCAAGAUGCACAGGAGAGAACAAUUCAGGCUCUCGGCAUCAGCCAAUACGUCGACUUCCUAGCCACUACCAAUCAUUUUCGGCUGACCAAAACUUCAGGCCUCUUCAGUGCGGUUCUGGGGCAUCUGGGCAUCUCAGCUGGUGACAUUGCCUACAUUGGCGACAACGAGCAGCGGGAUAUGCGGCCCGCUAUGGGCGAGGGCAUUUUUGCGGUACAUCUCGCCGAAUCGAAGCAUGUUUGUCUCAACUCAUUCCCGCCGCAAGUAAACACCCUGAGAAAACUGGAGUACAUCAUUUGCAGUAGCAGCCCAUGUUAG